AUGGCUGUCACGCAGUCUGCAAAGGCAAAGACAAAGGCCAGCAAUGGCAAUGGCGACGCAAAGUCAAAGUCGCAGAUGCAUCGCAGGUCGCGGACUGGAUGCUUCACAUGUAGGCUGAGGAGGAAAAAGUGCGACGAGGGCUCGCCCAUGUGCACUGCCUGCAGACAUCUCGGCCUGCAGUGCGAGUACAAGCGGCCCAUGUGGUGGAGCAAUAACGAUGCGCGCCGCCAGCACAAGGAGGACAUCAAGAACAUCAUCAAGCGCAAGAAGCUCGCCGAAAAGUCGUCACACCCCGUCCAGACGUCUGUCAGUUCCCCCCCGGGCCUGUCUCACUCGCUGCCCACGUCGGCCACCUUCACGGAUCCUCUGGACCGCACCAGGUCCGCCUCCAUCGACUCGCACUUCUCGGCCGCCUUCAACUUCAACAGCCCGCCCGCUGGAGCCGAAUACGGCGUCUACGGCCCGCCCUUGCACCCGGAAUUCAUGCUGGGCGCCUACUCGCCAUACGAGGUCGAUGUCAAGACGGAGCGCCAAAUGUUCGUCAACGACGUGCCCACGCUGAGGGAAUCCCACGUUGCCACCUUCAGCACGUACCAGACCCCCCCUCCGCCCGGCACCGUUCUGGGCCCCGGCCACCUCGAGGCCGGCUGGACAGAGCACGUUACCCACGAGCGCAGGGAGUCGCUGCCCGAGGAGGCCCUCAACCCCAAGUUCUUCGACUUUGCCCAUGGCCCCCCCUGCAGCAGUUCCAGACAGGUGCGUAUCGAGCUCGAGGACAACGACCAGCGCCUGCUCGACCACUUUGUCCAGUUUGUCCUGCCCACCAUCUUUCCCAUCCUAGAGUCCAACCAGCACGGCUCCGUCGCCUCCGACCUGAUCCUCCCGGCCUUGCAGUCCAACAGCGUCUACCUCCACUGCUGCCUCAGCAUCGCCGCCCAGCAUAUUAAGACGCAGGCCAAGGCCCCCUCCGAGGAGAUUGAUCAAGACAUUAUGCGCCACCGCUACGCGACAAUCUACUCGCUUUGCGAGGCGCUUAAGCGCGACGAGGACCACCAGCAGAUCCUCGAGGCGACCCUCGGCCUCAUCUUCUUCCAGUGCGUCGUCGGCCGCUUCGAUGACGAUCUCCUCGACAUCGCCUGGCACCAGCACUUCCAGGCGGCCAUCAAUCUCGUCCAGAAGCUGGACCUGCCGCGCCUCGUGUCCGCCCCGGCCGGCCAGGUGGCACAGGCCCCCUUCAACAUGACGCUGACGGGCUGGAUCGACAUUCUCGGCGCCACGAUGCAGGGCACCUCGCCCACGUUUGCCCACACCUACCGGGAAAAGCAUCUCUCGCAGGCCAACCACCAGCUGGGUCUGCGGGAGCUCAUGGGCUGCGAGGACCGCGUCAUGUACCUCAUCUCGGAAGUCGCCUGCCUUGAGUCGCUCAAGAUGGACGGCAUGGACGACCUCACGCUGUGCCAGCACGUUUCGGCCCUCGGGGAGCAGAUUAGCCUAACCGAGGUCAACGAGACGGGCCCCAAGUCGGCCUACAACGCCAACGGAAGCCUCUCGCCCAAGCAGCUGUCCAAAAACAUCACGGCCGCCUUCCGCCUUGCCGCGCGCAUCUACCUGUGCAGUCUGGUGCCCGGCUUCAGCCCUAGCCAGCCCUCUCCCAUGGGCCUGAUGGAGAAGCUGACAAACGUUCUGCAACACAUUCCUUCGGGGCCCGAGGGUUUCGACCGCAGCCUCGUCUGGGUCUACCUCAUUGGGGGAUCCAUCAGCCUACCUGGCAGCAGCUUCCGGAACCUGUUUGAGGGCCGCGUCACCCGGCUCGGCGACCAAGCCAGCUGCGGCUCGUUUGGACGCAUGCUGACCCUUCUCCGCGAGGUGUGGCUACAAAAUGACAAGCUCGCGCAGUACAUCCACUGGCGGGACAUUAUGAGGAUGAAGGGCUGGGACUUUCUCCUGAUAUGA